UUGAAUGCGUAAUUGAGUUGCUGUAUGUACUCGCAGCCUAAACUGCGAAUUCGUAAUCAGUAAGCACUAAGUAUCUGUAUGUAUUCUGUAGUUAGAUCACGGAUUCUUAUUAUUAAAGUGUUAGGCAGCUGCCGCUUUGGGACCUGAUCGUACGCGUACUUCAGAAAUUAUGAUCGUGAGGCGCACUGAUAACUCAAAAAACUUAACGGAAUUGCAAAUACCUGUAAAACUUAAAACUGCAGCGGCUAUCUACAGUCGGUAUGAAAAUAUACUUCGACAAUCCCAAUUCCCAUGGAACAGGGGCGGUGUUUUUCGCGAUGCUUUUGAGUUCAGUUGAUUUGGAUUUUGACCUUACGAAUGUCUGAUUAUAUUUUAAAGGCUAAAAAACCUGCAUGUGAUUAUUUAUAAAUUUUCACAUUUACUGCGGUAUCCACAAAUGGAUGAAAAUCAAGGACAACCGAUCGAUAACAACUUUAAACGAUCGAUAACAACUUUCGAGGAACCGACUGCUGAUUCUGAAAAUAUUCAAAGUGUCCAAGACCAUCAUCAGGAUGCUAGAAAUACCGAAGAAAUUCCGUCAUUUCUCGAAGUAUCGACCACUGUUCCUCCAGCAAACACUGCAGAUUCCGUUAUUCCUGUCGAACAUGAUAAGCGACGUGCAAAAGUAUCCGGAGAAAAGGUAUCACAACAAAAAGUUAAAGACAUCGAGCAGGAAGUGUCGAGACCCACAAAAACGGAUCAGUCAACGCAGACUGUAUUCAAGACACCGAAAGUAUACCUCACACAAGCUUGGAAAGACUUACGCCUCCAGACGGAAAAUGCGAAAUGUCCGGUUGACUUCAAGUUUUAUCAGUUGCUGUCUGGAAUGGAGAGCGGGAAUUACGAUCAUUAUUUACCAGAUUCUGUGCAAGAACUAGCCUCGGAUGACAGUUUUGUGCGGAUUAUCCAAGAAAAAGAGAACGAAAACUGUCACACGACGGCCAAUAAUUAUCCAAGCUAUCUGCGCCAUCAAAUGUACCUCGGCAAUUAUGAGCAUGCUUGUCGAAGCCAGACCGUUGAUCUCCUACAACAAACGACGCAGCAGGAUCCUCUCUGGUUUUGCACGCAUCCUAAGCUUAUUGAAAAGGAAAUCUUAGCCAACAAAAAGUUCGUUAAAGAGUAUGUUAAAACAACAGGUGUUUUUGCUGCUAGAGAUGCUUUUCACAUGCUGCAUUUAAAAAAAGCCCGUCGCAAAUUGCCUCCGCCAUUGUUUGCUAUCAAGAACAAGCCACACAAAGACGACACUCUUCAGUACAAAGUUGGAUCCGUGCGACAUUUUGAACAUAAAGCAGGAGGUAAAGAAGCAGAAGGACAUCACAAACUUUCACUGAGGCACGAAGAUUCCAAGUACAUUUACGAUCUUCCUCCACACAGUGUGAUGGUCACAACGCCGCCUGUAUGGAACGAUGAUAAGGACUUCUCCAUCGAAAACUUAUCCGAGUUAAAUAAAGAAAUAUUCAAUUAUGCUAAAAAGCAGAAAGAUGUUCUCUUUGCCGACACCGUCGUGUUUUACACUGUUAAAAAAAUUGAUGGACCGCUGGUUACGCUGGAGCAAUAUCCACCCAGAAGACCGUCGCCCAGUUAUGUCCGCGCGAUUCCUGACAGUCUACAGUAUGGGUUGGAACCGCUGCAUGCCAUGAGGACAGAACACUCCACUUUAGACAUGUCGGACAGAAACUCCCACGGUCUCCUAUCGGCGGCAAAUGCUCUGCAUACGGUCCCUAGCUCCAAUCUUCCUGCGUCUAAAUCGCACUUGAAUUUCAGCAUGUUGCGCAGAGGAACUCUCACAAAAGAUCCAAAUAUGUUCGAGUUGGUUUUGGAUUACCGUGUGGAGAGUGAUAUACUUUGUCGCACACUGAUCGAUCAAACCUGGCGGCGCGUUGUAAACUUGCAGUCGUAUCUGGCAUUAGGAUGUCGGUUUCUACCAAAUAUUUCCGAGAAUGCUCACUCUGCAAUGUUGAUACCCGUCGGCAUCCAUGAUGGUCGUAUUAUCGGUAUUCUGGGGUUCAUCAGGAAUUCAAACAAACCAGUGUUUUCGGAAAACGAAUGUGAAGCGAUAUUCACUUAUGUUUCCUUUUUGACGCGGUACCGUUAUUUUACCGGUGUUCGUAACGAGGAGCGGAAAGUGCAGGAAAAAAUGAGAAGAGAAAUGCAGUCAAUACUGCAGCUCAAGGAAGCCUCUACCGAGGAAUUUCUCCACCAUACCUUAAUGUUGGUGAAAAUUUUGACUGAUGCCGACCGAUCGAGCUCAUUUCUAGUUAAUACUCUGACGGAGUCUUUGCGGGCGGAGCGACAUUUGGUUCCUUUUCAUCUGGGUACGGGUCUGAUCGAUCCAAUCAGCGGUCGCCCAUCUUACCGCCGAGGAUAUGAUAUUCGAAUGUCAGUCGAUCGCGGAAUUGUUGGCUGUACUUUUCGCCACCGUCGGACCUAUGCGUCAGUUGCCACACAGGACAAUAAACACUUCUUCUCCGAAAUUGACCGCAUUCUCUCUAACAAGACUGAGUCUCAAGUCUGUGUUCCAUUCGUUAUUAACAAUGAGCCGUACGGAAUGGUGGAGGUACUGAAUAAGAGGAGUUCUUCCAGCUUUUCGGAUCAGGACAUUGAUAUGUUACAUUUAAACAGCGUGUUUCCAGCUGUCGGCAUUUUGCUUGCAUGGUAUCGUUUUCAUGCCAAUAAACACGAACAUCUUAUUAACUUACAACGGUCGAAACUGGCUUACGCCAGAAAACGGCAAUAUCACCGCACCGAAAGGGCAUGGAUGCCCGUAGACGUGAUCAAGCCGCCGCCACCGUUUGCUGAAAUCACUCGCGAUAUGCUUGAGCCAACGUUUUUCUUUAUUGAUCAUCUGAGCGACAGCGUUAGCCUUUCCAUGACCUUCAUUUUUGAUAUGUUGACGGAGUCGAGUGUUAAAGUGAAGAUGGUGUUUGACUUCAUCGAGACGAUCCGCAACGCUCAUUUUCGUACGCGAUUCAAAGAUUGGAAGAAUGCUUUUGCAACGCUGCAAUCGGUGUAUGCCAUUGUACAACAAACCGGUGACCUUUUCAGCGACGAUGAGAAGUUGACAAUGCUCGUGGCGGCUUUAUGCCACGGUGUCGAUCAUUUUUGGUACAAUGCCACAUUGACGGAAGGAUGCGAUCCGGCCAGAGGUUUGAUGUAUGUAUUCGGGACUACGACACCGAAUAACAACUCCGUUUAUUACCCGUCAGUUGUAUUGUGGAACCCGUCAACAAACAUUUUUUCGAAUUAUAAAGACAAGCGAUGGCGAAAACUGUUGGAAAACAGCAGGUCUUGCGUCAGUGCGACACAGUUACCAGGUUUACUUCUACGGAGUGCUGCACUGCGGAGCAGCAUCAAAUUUGGACUGCCCAAUUUUAAGAAUCCCGAUUUCCGGCAACACCUAAAAGAGUUUAUUGUAGCCGCCGCCUCCCUGCACUUUGUUUGUCGCUCUUUUGAGCUGUAUCAAGAAAUUGUUCAGUGCGCACUGGAAGAAUAUUAUAGCAUUACCGGCGAAUUUCAAGAUAAUGGAGCCGAAUUUUGUCAACGUUGGGAUUUGCCAGACGACCCACUUGAGCUGCACCGGUUAGAGGUGGAGUUUUUACGGGAUUUUUGUCUGCCAGUUUUCGAUACAUUACGGCAGGUCCUUCCGGAGACGAAUAGAUUUUACGAAUGCUGCGGCCUCAAUCUGGAACGCCUGAGCGGUACCAUCAUUUUAGACCGUUCGCAAGGUGCCGUGGCUAUACGAAAGAUGCACCGGCGAAAUGUAACAGAAGAGAUGAAAGAACGCAUGAGGCAGGAUUUGUACCCUCUUCCAGUCGAAGCCUCAGCUAACCUUGAAUGGGUGCCGCUCGAAGAUAUGCAAUACAUUACGCGCAAUCCGCAUCAUCGAGUCGCAUGACAUAAGCGCAACAAAUUAAAGAAAUAUUGUUCUGAAAAUGCACAACAGCCGGUACCAAUCCUUACGGUACAUAAACAAGCCUUAGUGUUCACAAAAUUUUAAAAAAAAA